AAAAGAGGGAGAUUAUUUUUUUCUCGGUAAUUUACGAUUUUGAUCGCAAUAAUGAUUGAAUGUAAGUAAAUACACAUUCUAGUAAAGAUCGAGUUCGCGUUCCGAAACAGUGUCGUUUUUGUCUCGUUGCCGUCCGGCGGGUGCUCGGUUGGGGUGAGGCGAAACGAUGUCGUCGUCGCCGGACAUUGCCGGAAUACUGGACAAUUCGAAGGAGCUCGAUCGGUUGAGGAAAGAACAAGAAGAGGUUCUAGUGGAAAUCAACAAGAUGCACAAAAAACUCCAAGCAACUCCUGAGGUAGUUGAGAAGCCUGGUGAUAAUUCAUUAUCAAGGUUAAAGAGUUUAUACAUUCAGGCAAAAGAACUUUCAGAAAAUGAAGUACGUAUUUCCAACACUCUACUUAAUCAACUGGAUGGCCUGCUGCCCUCUGGACCUCCUGGGCAGCAACGUAGAAAGAUAGAAGGUAAUGACCAGAAGAGGAAACGAAUGAAGGCUGAUUCAGACCUUUCAAGGCUUUCUCCGUCUAUGCGAAGUCAGGUUGAAGCCUGUGCUAGUCUAAAAGGUGAACAGGUAGCAGCAAAGGUCACACCAGAAAAUGGUGAGAACGCUGAAUGGUACGUUAUGAAAGUGAUGCACUUCGAUAGGGAAACAAAAGAAUUUGAAGUGCUUGAUGAGGAGCCAGGUGAUGAUGAAGAGGCUGGCGCUCAAAGGAAAUACAAGCUACCAAUGUCAUGCAUUAUACCUUUUCCCAAGCGAAAUGAUCCUUCUAGUGUUCCAGAAUUCCCUUCUGGAAGACAUGUUUUGGCUGUUUAUCCAGGAACAACUACACUCUACAAGGCAACUGUCAUCAGUACCCCACGGAAGGUAUUGCUGGAAUUUGAUGAUGACGAAGAAGAUGGAGCCUUGCCUCACAGGACCGUGCCCUUCCACAAGGUAGUUGCCCUACCAGAGGGGUAUCGCCAGUGAUCUGUUCAUAACCUGUAUAAAUUUAGGUUUGGAUGUGUACUAAAGCAUAAGACUGAUCUUAUACACAUAAGUUAUGCGCCGGAUGUAGAAAUAGGUAAAUGAUGUUGAGCUCACUUGGAUUGACAUUUUAUCUCUGUACGUUCACCAUUGUCCUGCAUUUGUUCCCGUCAUCGUAGUCAUUAUAUUUCUUUACGCAGUCCAUCUUUAGUAUACAUCUGCAGGAAAUCUUAUGGUUUCUCCAAGGUAUGCAUCA